UCUUCGGAAAACCCGGGUUCUUGGAGGCCUAGGCGGGACAGCCAGGGUGCGCCACAGGAUGGCCACUUCCUAGCCACGCUAUGCUCGCCCGAGCCGCCUCCACCUGGCCGUACGCCGGGGCCAGGCCGCGGCCUGACACCCCCGGCGUCCGAGAGUUGAGAGAGGGAGGGGACAGACACGAACUGGCGGGAGAUGAAGCCGAGCGGCGGGGAGCCGGGCUGCGGAAGAGGAGCCUCUGAGAGACUCCCUCCCGCCGCACAGGCAGAGGUUUCAUACACCUGAAAGAAGAGAAUGUCAAGACGCAGUAGCCGUUUACAAGCUAAACAGCAGCCCCAGCCCAGUCAGACGGAUUCCCCACAAGAAACCCAGAUAAUUCAGGCCAAGAAGAGAAAAACGGCCCAGGAUGUCAAAAAAAGAAAAGAGGAGAAGGUCAUCAAGAAACAUCAGUAUGAGAUUAGGAAUUGUUGGCCACCUGUAUUAUCUGGGGGGAUCAGUCCUUGCAUUAUCAUUGAAACACCCCACAAAGAAACAGGAACAAGCGACUUCUCCAGAUUUACAAAUUACAGAUUUAAAAAUCUUUUCAUUAAUCCUUCACCUUUGCCUGAUUUAAGCUGGGGAUGUUCACAGGAUGUUUGGCUAAACAUGUUAAAAAAAGAGACCAGAUAUGUUCAUGACAAACAUUUUGAAGUUCUGCAUUCUGAAUUGGAACCACAGAUGAGGUCAAUACUUCUAGACUGGCUUUUAGAGGUGUGUGAAGUAUACACACUUCAUAGGGAAACAUUUUAUCUUGCGCAAGACUUUUUUGAUAGAUUUAUGUUGACACAAAAGGAUAUAAAUAAAAAUAUGCUUCAACUCAUUGGAAUUACCUCAUUAUUCAUUGCUUCCAAACUUGAGGAAAUCUACGCUCCUAAGCUGCAAGAGUUUGCUUAUGUCACUGAUGGUGCUUGCAGUGAAGAGGAUAUCUUAAGGAUGGAACUCAUUAUAUUAAAGGCUUUAAAAUGGGAACUUUGUCCUGUAACAGUCAUCUCCUGGCUAAAUCUCUUCCUCCAAGUUGAUGCUCUUAAAGAUGCUCCUAAAGUUCUUCUACCUCAGUAUUCUCAGGAAAAGUUCAUUCAAAUAGCUCAGCUUUUAGAUCUGUGUAUUCUUGCCAUCGAUUCAUUAGAGUUCCAGUACAGAAUACUCGCUGCUGCUGCCUUGUGCCAUUUUACCUCUCUUGAAGUGGUUAAGAAAGCCUCAGGUUUGGAAUGGGACAACAUUUCUGAAUGUGUAGACUGGAUGGUGCCUUUUGUCAGCAUAGUAAAAAGUACUAGCCCAGUGAAGCUGAAGGUUUUUAAGAAGAUUUCUAUGGAAGACAGACACAAUAUACAGACACAUACAAAUUAUCUGGCUAUGCUGGAUGAAGUAAAUUACAUGAACACCUUCAGAAAGGGGGGACAGUUGUCACCAGUUUGCAAUGGAGGCAUUAUGACACCACCGAAGAGCACUGAAAAACCACCAGGAAAACACUAAAGUUAACUGAGCAAACAAGUUGGAACUGAUGAAGCGCUGCGUAGCAUUUCAUAGAACUUAACUACUUAAGUUUUACAGGAAAAUAGUGCUGUGGCUGUCCUGGCCGAUUCAGAAGUUUCACUGGCAUUCUUUGAUUUAAAAAACCACUUAAAAUUGGCACUAACUAAGGAGGAAAUUUAAUGCCUAUGUUCGCUGUUUAAAGAAACAGCAGGACUUGUUUACAAAGAUGACUUCAUUCCCAACACUGACUGGAUAGAAGCCAGCCAUGAUUCAUGACAUAAGAAUUUUUUUGAUAUGGUGUUACUGUGUUUAUCUUGAUAAACUAGGAAUUUCAUCAUUGGAGUUUUUGACUAGAUAAGUGCUACCUUAAAGGGUACAUUAAGUGAUACAGUACUUUGAAUCUAGUUUUUAGAUUCUCAAAAUUUAUAAACUCUUAACU